GUUUCUUCGAGCUCUGGGGCAGCCCCGAGCUGAGCAUCCCCGGAACCAGCCGGAGCCUGGCCAGGGCUGUGCCAGCCUUAAUCCGGGCACCGCAGCGAGCUGACGGAGGCUGCCGCAGGGUCGGGGGUCAGCCCCGGCCCCUGCCGUGCGGCUCUGAGCAUCGGCUCGGGGCGCUGCGUGGGUCUCUUCCACUCGAUCCUUCCAAGGGUCCACUCGAUCCUUGCCGGUUCGCUCCCGCAGGAGCCGCUUCGGAGCGCGGCGAUGCUUUGCUCUUCCUCCCGCUCGCAGCCGGAGGAAGCUUUCGCUCCUCCUCCUCCUCCUCCUCCUCCUCUCUCCUGCCGCUGACUCUGCCCACUGGAGCCGCACCGAGAGCCGAGCAAGGGGGAGAGGAAUGGAGGGGCCCUGGAGCCGGAGCGGAGCUCUGCUGCCCUGCCCGCUCCUGCUGCUGCUGCUGCUGGCCCUGGGCUCGGCGCCAGAGCUUCUCUUCGGCCAAGCUCGGGCUCAGCCCCAGCAGGUCAACGGCAUCCUGGGGGGCUCUGCGCUGCUCUCCCCUCUGCUGCCCCCCAACAAGACGGUGAAGGAGAUCGAGUGGAGCUUCUCGGCCGGCGCCGGAGCCACCAUUCAGGUGGCAGAGUUCGGCCCCAGCGGCUUCGAGCGGCCUGACCCCAGGGACAGGUUCAAGGAGAGGCUGGAGAUGCUCAGCAACAUGACGCUGAGGAUCCGGAGCCUGGAGAGAGGAGACUCAGGGGUCUACGGCGCCAGGAUCAAGCUGCAGCCGGCGCUGGUGGAGGAUCAAUCCUUCAACCUCACUGUCUACGAGUCGGUGCCAAGCCCCCGGACCCGCAGCCAGCUGCUGGCCAGCACCGUGGAGUGGUGCAACCUGACCCUGCAGUGCCAAGGCGCUGGCAAAGGAGCAGUCAACGUCACCUGGCAGAGGGACAGCGCCGCCCGCGGGCUGCCCACCGACCGCCACCAGCUGUCCCCGGACGGCACCACCCUGAGGGUGGCUCUGCCCCCCGCGGCCGCCAACGUCACCUACGCCUGCACCGUCAGCAACCCUGCGGACCAGAAGGUUGUGCUCUUCGACCUGCAGAGCAUCUGCCAGGGCGGAGGGGGGCAAUCCUCCUUCUCCAAGUCGGGGUACAUCGUCCUGACCCUCAUCCUGGUGGCUGUCAGCCUGGGGGGGGCCUUCUGGUGCUGGAGGAUGAACAGCGAGAAAGCAGCAGACCCAGCUGCCACCCCCACGGUGCCCGCCGAGGAGAGCCCCUCGGACCCGCAGUACGCAGAGAUCGUGCGCAGGAGCCCCCCGGAAGGUAAUGACCAGGGCCAGGGGCACCCCGAGAAUAGCCAAGGGCAGAGCUGCCCCGAGAAGGCUCCGCAGGGCACCGCUGCCCACGAGCAGGGCAGCAGAGCCCCCGAGGACACCGCCGAGGAGGUGACAUAGGAGCGCAGGCUCCAGGCCAGCUCCGGGAAGGGCUCUGCAGUUGUGUGCCAAAUCCAAGCCCCUCCCGCCCCCGGCCCCGGGCACGGGUGGCACCAUCCUGGGGGGCGGGGGGGGGCGGACGGACAGGAGGACGGACGGACGCUUCCUCCCCCCCCCCUUACUUCAUCCUCCUCCUCCUCCUCCUCUCCCAACCUUUGCUCUCUCUCACAUCUCCUCCCCGAUGCCCUCCGAGGGCAGCAGGAUCCUGGCGGUGCCCAAGCUGGGGGGGGGGAGGGGGCACCUUCUGUGGCACCUGGGAUGGGUGGGGGGCACCUCCCAUGGCCAAGCUCGGCUGGGGCUGGGGGCACCGGGGGUGGCUGGGGGCACGUCCUGGUGCCAGCUCUGGCAUGGUGCUGCGGGGCCAGGGGAGGACUCUGCCCCCCCGCCCCCACCCCCAGCUCCUCCCCAGCCUCCAGCUCCUCAUGCCAGGACCCUCGGGGGGGAUGCCCACACGGGGUGGAGCUGCCCCCCCCCCCCCCCCCCCCCCCCCCGGCUUCACCACUGCCACAAAGAUGCCAGGAGGAGGACACCAGUGGGACCCCCCCCCCGGCCCCAUCCCACUGGAGUGGAUGCAGAUGGCAUCACCAUGGACAUGGAAGGGCACAGAAGGGACCAGCCCCAGGUGGCAUCACCAUGGGCAUGGAGUGGCACAGAAGGGACCAGCCCCAGGUGGCAUCACCAUGGGCAUGGAGGGGCACAGAAGGGACCAGCCCCAGGUGGCAUCACCGUGGGCAUGGAGGAACCAGCCCCAGGUGGCAUCUCCUGGACCACAGAGGGACACAAAAGGGACCAGCUCCAGGUGGCAUCACCAUGGGCAUGGAGAGGCACAGAAGGGAUCAACCCCAGGUGGCAUCUCCUGGACCACAGAGGGACACAGAAGGGACCAAACCCACCCCCCCGGUGGCACCUCCAUGCCCACAGGUGGCACCGUUGCCCACACAGACCUGCCAAGCUGACCCCUCCCCCCCUGCCAGCCCUGCCAUAGCUGUCCCUGCCUGUCACAGCCGCCGUGGCCGGGGGGGGUCUCACUGCCUGCGUGCCCACAGUGCCCACAGUGCCCACAGUGCCCACUGCCACGGGGCCCUCGCGUGGCCUCCCCCCCCCUGCCCCUGUCAACAGCAAAUAAAUGUUGGUGAGAUCACA